CCGCAUCGUGGAAUCUAUCCAGACAUUCACAAACUCAACUACUCGUUUUCAACGUGAUGAUUACAAAUUCCCAAACGGACUUCUACAACGUCAAUUGUUCGUGGAGAUAGAACUUGGAGGGAGAUAGUAUAAAUAGAUACAUAAAGUCUGACCCUCAUCCUGACUUAAAAAUGACGGUCCAAAGCGUAAACAAGACUCCAAAACUACCUCGGUACCUAGACCUGGCCGAGAUACCUGCAUAACGCUUCAGUGACGUCAUAAUGGCUACACCUACACCUAUACCACCAUCCGCAUCUGCAUCCGCAUUCCCAUCCUCAUCCCUAUCCCCACCCCCCCAGAAAUCCGUCUUCGUCACCGGCGCAAAUGGCUACAUCGGCUCCGCCGUAUGCCGGGCCUUCGUCCGCGCCGGCUGGCGCGUGUACGGCCUGAUCCGGCGUCCCGAAGCAGCCGGGGCCUUAUACGCAGAGGAAAUCAUCCCCGUCAUCGGGUCCAUAACCCCCGACGCCACCUUUCCCGAUGCCCUCGCUAGACACGCCCCAACCCUCGACGUCAUCGUCUCCUGCACCCAGCAAUUCCCCUUCGCGCCGCACUUCGCCGCCACCCUCUCCCUCGUCCGCAAACUCGCCGCUACCUCCGUCGCAAACAGCGGCGGCCGUCGCCGCCCCCUCGUCCUCGUCACCUCCGGCUGCAAGGACUACGGGGCGACCGGCGUCCACGGAUCCGCCGGGCUGGCGCCGCACGUCGAGACCUCGCCCCUCGCGCCGCUGGACAUAAUCCGGGACCGCGCCCUCGAGUCGCUGCGGGUCUUCGAGCACGGGGACUUGUUCGACGCGGCGGUGCUGCGGCCGACGCCCGUGUACGGCUACGACAGCAGCUACUACGAGGUAGCCUUCGAGGCGGCGGCCGCGGCCGCGGCGUCGAAAGAAGUCCUGGAGCUGCCGUUCGACUUCGGCACGAUCGUCCACGGGUGCCACGUCGACGACUGCGCGGAGGCGUACGUCGCGCUGGCGGAGCACGCGGACCGCGGCGCCGUCGCGGGGCAGUGCUUCAAUGUCUCGGGCGCGCGGUACGAGACGCUGGGGAUGAUCGCGGGCGCGCUGAGGGCCGAGUACGGGCUGCGCGACGUGGUGCGGGCGCCGGCCGGGGGCGCCGAGGUCGAUUGGUCCUUGUACAUCUCGCUUGGCCACAGCCAGUGGGUUGAUAGUACCAAGAUCCGGCGGCUGACGGGGUGGACGGAUAAGAGGCUGCCCUUCUGGGAGAACAUACAUGUGCACCGCAUGGCGUACGAGGAGGCGGCCCGGAGGGACCAUGAGGGCGUGCUGAGGGUUAGGGACACGUUGAAACAUGUGCUUGCUGGUACAAAGAAAUAGGCUGAGGUUGCUCGCACAAUCUUGAAAGGGAUUUAGAUAAUUUUAUAAUGUAUCUUUGCCUACCUCACUGACGUUCAAGUAUUUGACAACCGUUGAAAAAUAUCUAUUAGUUUGGGACCUAAGCUCGGACUUUUAGAAUAUACAAGUUUUCGGAAGUGAAAAAGAAGGAUAUACAUAGGAAUUGUUCAAAGACGAAAUUGCUUUUUCUAUUCCCGUCCAUCGUGACUCGACUUUCCAUACCAACCCGUGUCCAAACCUGUCGUAGUUUUUCAUUGAUACCUGUCACUGGUAUUUUUCGA